AUGUCCCAACCACAAGAAGAGAAACAUAAUCAGAAAACCGCCGCUCACAAGGUGAGUAAGUUUGGGUCCUUCGUGGCCGGUGGUCUUGCCGCAUGUAUUGCAGUCACUGUGACGAAUCCAUUUGACUGUGUUAAGACCAGAAUGCAAUUGCAAGGUGAGUUACAUGCCAAUGCUGCCAAAGUAUACACGAAUCCAAUUCAGGCCUUUGGAGUUAUCUUCAAAAACGAAGGUAUCGCUGGGUUGCAAAAAGGUUUAGCCAGUGCUUAUCUUUACCAAAUAGCGUUAAACGGAUCGCGUUUGGGAUUCUAUGAACCAAUUAGAGGAAUACUUAACAACGUUUUCUACCCUAACGUGGAAUCACACAAGGUUCAGCACAUCGGUAUUAACGUUGCCGCCGGUGCUACUUCCGGUGUCGUCGGUGCAUUCAUCGGAUCGCCAUUAUUCUUGGUCAAGACCAGGAUGCAAUCAUAUUCCAACGCCAUUCAUAUUGGUCAACAAACGCAUUAUACCUCUGCUUUCAACGGGUUGGCAACUAUCUUCCGUAGCGAGGGUAUUAAAGGUUUAUUCAGAGGUGUUGACGCAGCAAUGCUAAGAACCGGUAUCGGUUCUGCUGUUCAAUUGCCUAUCUACAACAUCUGUAAGAACUUCCUCUUGAAACACGACUUGAUGAACGAUGGGACAGGUUUACAUCUUUUGUCUUCCACUAUCGCAGGGUUCGGUGUCGGUGUCGCCAUGAAUCCAUGGGAUGUCGUGCUAACCAGAGUCUAUAACCAAAAGGGCAACUUGUACAGCGGUCCAAUUGACUGUUUCAUAAAGACAGUGAGAAACGAAGGUCUCUCAGCGCUAUACAAAGGUUUCGGAGCUCAAAUUCUUAGAAUUGGACCUCAUACAGUCUUAUGUCUAACCUUCAUGGAACAAACAUUGAAAUUGGUAUACUCAGUUGAAAGCAGGUUCUUAUAA